GGACAGUGAAGCCUUGGCUCCCAUUGAACUGAUAAGAGGGUUCAUACAUCGAAUACUUUAUAAAAAGGGUCCCGACUUCCGGGCUUCGUCAGGUUCUCUUGAGCCUUCAUUCUCAUCUACUUCUCAUACUCUUGUUCCGUCACCAACUCUAGUCCUUGACAGUCAUGGUGCAGCCUCAGGAGGUUGAUGUCAUCGUUUGCGGUGGUGGUCCUGCAGGAUGCGUCGUCGCGGGACGCCUGGCGUAUGCCGAUCCGUCGCUUCAGGUCAUGUUGAUUGAAGGUGGAAACAACAACCGCGAUGACCCAUGGGUAUAUCGGCCGGGUAUCUAUGUUAGGAAUAUGCAGAGGGAUGGAGUCAAUGACAAGGCGACUUUCUAUACCGACACGAUGCAGUCGUCCCACCUUCGUGGCCGUCAGAGCAUUGUCCCUUGCGCAAACAUUCUUGGCGGUGGCAGCAGUAUUAACUUCCAGAUGUACACGAGGGCGUCUGCAUCCGAUUGGGAUGAUUUCAAGACUGAGGGCUGGACCGCAAAUGACCUCAAGCCUUUGAUGAAACGUCUCGAGAACUAUCAGAAGCCCUGCAACAAUGAUACUCACGGUUACGACGGACCCAUCGCAAUUAGCAAUGGUGGACAGAUCACUGCACUUGCUCAUGACUUCCUCCGCGCUUCGGAUGCUAUUGGAGUUCCAUUCAGCGAUGAUAUUCAAGACUUGAACACGGCCCACGCCUCGGAAAUUUGGGCGAAAUACGUCAACAGGUAUACCGGCAGACGUAGCGAUGCCGCGACUGCUUAUGUCCACAGUGUUAUGGAUGUGCAGACGAACUUGCACCUCCGGACAAACUCAAAAGUCUCCAGAGUCAUCUUUGAGGGUAACAAGGCUGUCGGAGUCGCCUAUGUUCACGCUAGGAACCGCGCCCACAAGGGUGAACUUCGUGAGACGAUCGUUCGUGCAAGGAAGAUGGUUGUGUUGAGCUCUGGCACGCUCGGCACUCCUCAGAUCCUUGAGCGUUCUGGUGUUGGUAACUCUAAACUUCUCAAGGAGUUGGACAUCAAGGUCGUGAGUGACCUUCCGGGAGUAGGGGAGGAAUAUCAGGACCACUACACGACGUUGUCGGUUUACCGCGCCUCGAACGAGACCUUCACUACGGACGACUUCCUGAGGGGCGACAAAGCGACUCAGGAAAAGUUGUUCGCUCAAUGGGAGACUACUCCCGAAAAGGCCGUCCUUUCUUCCAACCACAUCGAUGCCGGCUUCAAGAUUCGUCCGACUGAGGAAGAGCUCAAAGAGAUGGGCCCUGAGUUCAAUGAACUCUGGAACCGUUACUUUAAGGAUAAGCCAGACAAGCCAGUCAUGUUUGGCUCGAUUGUCUCCGGAGCCUAUGCUGACCACUCCCUGUUGCCGCCUGGGAAGUACUUCACUAUGUUCCAAUAUCUGGAAUACCCAGCCAGCCGUGGAAAGAUCCAUAUCCAGUCGACGAACCCUUACAAGGAUCCAUUCUUCGACAGCGGUUUCAUGAACAACAAGGCUGACUUCGCUCCAAUCCGCUGGAGUUACAAGAAGACUCGUGAAGUUGCCAGGAGGAUGGAUGCAUUCCGUGGUGAACUCACUUCGCACCACCCCCACUUCCACCCAGCUUCUCCGGCUGCGGCAAGGGACAUUGACAUCAAGACUGCAAAGCAGCUACUUCCUGACGGGUUGACAGUCGGCAUUCACAUGGGUACCUGGCACCGCCCAUCUGAGCCUUAUGAUGCGAGCAAGGUUCAUGAGGAUAUCAAGUACACCGAGGAAGAUGACAAGGCCAUCGAUGACUGGGUCGCUGACCACGUCGAGACGACAUGGCACUCUCUCGGUACUUGCGCCAUGAAGCCACGUGAGCAAGGUGGUGUCGUCGACAAGCGCCUCAAUGUCUAUGGCACCCAGAACUUGAAGUGUGUUGACUUGAGUAUCUGCCCGGAUAACCUUGGGACGAACACGUACUCUUCUGCUCUGCUGGUUGGUGAGAAGGGUGCUGACCUCAUCGCUGAGGAUCUUGGCCUCAAGCUCAGGCUCCCUCAUGCUCCGGUUCCUCACGCGCCUGUCCCGUCUGGCAAGCCCGAGACGAUUGCGCCCCGCCUGCGCUAAAUUAAUCGCGCGAAUUCAGAGUUGCUUUGGAUAAACGUUUUGCGUAAAACUUCGGUUUUCAAACUCAAACGAUUUGGUCAAUCCUCUAUGUACGAAUAUCCUUGAUUUCACCGCCUCUGUCUCCUCCCCACCGCCAGUUUCGAAUAAAGGCUGCGUUUCUCUACUUAUUAUGCC